AUGCGAAAAACGGUGCAAAGGGCUGUACACACAAUGACUUAUACAUGGUCCCGCAAGAUAUCCGAACAGAUAGCCCAAAGGGAGAACAAAAUAAUUUCAGGAAAUGCACACAGUGAUUAUUUUCCCUUUCCCGGAGGAGGGUGGGGAAACAAAUUUAAAAACAGAUUUUCAUUAUCAACGUUUAGAAAAGAAAUCCAUUGUAAGGAUAAGCAUCUCUGGUUUCUAGAUAUCAGAAGUGGAACUAAUGGAACGAAUGAAAGUAGUGGGAGGAGGGGUGUAGGAAAUUGUCGCACAAGUGGCAAGUGCAUACCGUUUCGGAUUGAACAAUUUGGUACUCUGAAAAAAGAGAGAAAUGACAGGGAGGUGUGUGUGUAUGAUGACAAGAACGAAGAGGGAUCCAAAACAACUCCUUCCUCGUCACAUCAUGUGAAAACGGAUGAAAAGAAUGGAAGUGAAUAUCAAAAUGGUAACGUGCAAGGGGGAAAAAUAGAAGAAUGCGUAUCAGGCCUUGUCCAAAUGAACGAAGAUAAAAAAUUUCCCAACAAUGGGGAUGAGAUGAGCAUAGAUGAUGAACAUAGGACACAGAAUGAACUAGAAACAAAGCAGGGAAAUGAAAAGAAAAGCAAAGAGUAUAUGGUGCUAAUGUUUACUUGUAAGAUAUGCAAUAAGAGGAGUGCAAAGAAAUUUUCAAAACAAGCCUAUAACAAAGGGGUUGUUAUUAUUCGCUGCCCUUCAUGUGAAAACCUCCAUUUGAUUUCCGAUCAGUUAGGCUGGUUCCAAGAGGGGAAAACAAACAUUGAGCAAAUCUUAAAAGAUAAGGGUGAAAACGUCAUUAAAAAGUUCUCUUACAACAAUUUGCUUGAAAUAGAUGACCUGCUGAAUGCGUACAAGUGA